AUGGAAACGCAACUUUACGACGCGAUAAAUGAAAAAGUGGCGCGUUUGCAGGAGGCGCGUGGCGAGAGGGCGGGCGAGAGAUCGGGCGAGAGAUCGGGCGAGAGGUGGGGCGAGAGGUUGGGCGAGAGGCAAGGCGAGAGGCCGAGCGAGAGGUCGGCAGAGGCGGCGGGCCGCGGCGCGCUGGAGGCGCUCCGCCGACACUCGCGGCAGAUCGCCGCGCGCCGCGCGCGCCGUGUGCAGGUGCUACUUUCCCCAGCGAGGCCGCGC